UCUUCGUCUUUCCUUCUGAGGACGAUUCUUUCUCUCUCUCACACAUCCAAAUUUCUCCAGAUAAACCUAAUCAAAAGGGCAACGAGCAAAUCCCUCUUUUUUCUUCUUCUUCUUCUUCUUCUCUAAUCUGCGCAUGUUAAGUAGGAUAUGGUUUCAGAGUGAGAAAGUGAGAUAAACUUCCCUCCUUUUAACUCUCUGUCUAUCUGGCCAUGGCCGAGUUGCAGCAGUUAGUGGAAGGCCACCAGACUAACGGUGGUUUUAUCCCGCCGGCGAUAACCCUCACCGAAGCGCCGGAAACAUCCGCCGCAGUUUCAGCCGGCGUAUCCGUCGGAUCGAAACGAUUGAGAAGGCCGAGCGUUCGGUUAGGAGACAUCGGCGGCGACCAGUACCAACACAUGGCGGCGUACGAUUCGCACGUGCGGCGGCCGAAAUGGAGGCCGCCGGGUAACAGAAAAGAGUCGAAUCAGAGCGGGAAGUCUUCAUCGAGGACUCGAACCCUAACGAAUUUGAGCUCCUCCACCGGAACCCUAGAUGAAGAUCCGAUUGCGGUCGGGACUUGGCGGGUCAACAAAUGGGUCAAAUCAUCUGGCGGGGAGACGACAACGACAGCGACAGCGAAGCGAGUCCGGUCAAAUUGGGCGACAAAAAUGGAAGAACACAGAGACGGAUUAGAGCAGGGAGAUGACAAAUUCAGUGGAGGAGAAGGGGAAGAAGAAGAUGAAGAAGAAGAUGAAGAAGAGUUGGAAGAGGGGUUUCGCGAUUUCAGCAGAGAAGAUUCAGAGAGUCCGAUGAAAGAACAGACGCAGGAGAAUCGGAACGAGAGAGAAGUGUUUGAGAAUAGGAGAAGGUACGAGAACAGAGAGGUUGAGAUGUCAGGAGAUUGGCAAAGUGGAGGAAGAGGAAGAGAAGGAGUGAAAAUAUGGCUACAGGAAUUAGGUUUAGGGAGGUAUUGGCCAAUGUUUGAGAUGCAUGAAGUUGAUGAGGAAGUGUUGCCAUUGUUGACAUUGGAGGAUCUCAAGGAUAUGGGGAUCAAUGCUGUUGGAUCCAGAAGGAAGAUGUAUUGUGCAAUACAGAAGCUCGGUAGAGAGUUCUCGUGAAGACCAGAGUUUUUUGAUCGAGGUUUAUUUAACCAAAGAGCACUUUUGAGUGGUGUUUGUUUUGUUUUUGUCAUUGCAAUGUAACUGCAAUGUCUGAAGCUUUUUCUCUCUUUGUAUCUUCUGAUGUUCUGUUUUAAUGUAGCAAAUAGCUAUAUUAGUGUUAGUAGUUGUUCUAGUAUUAGAGGAAGAAGAAGCAAGAUUUGCCCAUUGUGAUUGAACCUUCUGGCUUUUUAUUGGAAGCUAUUGACCAUUAAUAUCAACCAUAGUUUUCGUUCGGA